GUAAACAAACAGCUUUCGUUUUAUGACGGUAGUAAACAAGGAUUUAUUACAGGGCCAGGUGGACAGAAUGUGCAUUCAAAAAUUAACUUUUGUUAGAUUUUAGCUCUGAAUUAUUACGUUCUAUAAAAGUGGCAAGCAGAGAAGACGUAAUAUUUAUGUGAAUUCUCACGAGCAGUUUCCUUCCUUUUCAUAAAUAUCACAGAAGGGAAAGAGGAUUGAACGACGGAAGGUGUGCAAGACAAACUGCGCAUAAGAUUUCUCAGCAUAGAGCUUUCGUUUGUUUCGCUUUUGAAAGAAUGGAGGGUGCUGUUACAGACUUUUCUUUAAGGCUGUACAAAGUUUUGUCGGAGGGGAGUGGCAAUUUAUUCCUGUCUCCGUACAGCGUGUCAGCCGCCAUAAUGUUAACCAUGCUGGGCACCAAAGGGGAAUCUGAGGCUCAAAUCAAACAGGUUUUGGGUCUCUCCGGAAUUCCUGAUCCACACAAGGCGUACAAGGAACUACAUUCCACUCUGACGGGAAAAUCUAAAGAAGGGGCUAAGUUGGCCAUUGCAAACCGAAUAUUUUCCAAACUUGGACUGGAUAUCAGAGACGUUUACAAGAAGGAAUCGUUAGAGUAUUACAACAGCGAGAUGGAACUCUUAGAUUUUGUAGGAAAUCCGGAGGGGUCUAGAACCAGAAUAAACUCGUGGGUUGAAGAACAGACUAAUAAUAAAAUAAAGGAUCUGAUUCCGGCAGGAGGUAUUAAUGCCUUGUCUUUGAUUGUCCUGACAAAUGCAAUUUACUUUAAAGGCAAUUGGGAAAAUGCAUUUCAAUCAUCAAAAACAAAAUCAGAAAAAUUUCACAUUUCCGAGACAGAGACGGAAAUGGUUGAUAUGAUGCAUAUGGAGAAGAAAAAAUGGCUGUAUAGUGUUUCUGAGUCCCUUGACUGCAAAAUGUUGAAUCUUCCUUACAAAGGAGAGGAAUUGAGCAUGCUCAUAAUUCUUCCAAACAAAAUAGAUGGGCUAUCCAAAUUAGAAUCAAGCCUCACCUCGGAAACAUAUAAAGAACUUACAAAAGAAUUUUUUCGAGAGGAUGUAAUCGUUUCCAUUCCAAAAUUCAAACUUGAGAGUUCGUUUGAGCUUGAUAAAGUUCUUGCAGGAAUGGGCAUCACCGACAUUUUCUCUACUAAAGCCGACUUCAGCGCCAUGAUGGAUAAGCCGCCAGAGGGCACUUUUGUUUCUGACGUCAUUCAUAAAGCAUUUGUUGAAGUCAACGAAGAAGGCACAGAGGCUGCCGCUGCCACGGCUGUUAUGAUGAGGUUGAUGUGCAUGCCAAUGGAACCAAUGGUGUUUAAGGCGGACCACCCCUUCUUGUUCCUCAUCAGAGAAAAUUCCACUGGAACUGUAUUGUUUAUUGGGCGCUUCAACAAACCAGCUUAAUAACCGUACAUAAGCUUUUUGAUUUGAUUAGGGUCCUGCACUGAUUAGUUAUGAAAUAUUU